AAAUAUAAACUACAAAUCGGUUUAAAGGAAAAUAUUUUGGAAACAAAAAUGUAGUGCGAUUUUGAAGAAUUUAAUGCAACCAAGUAAGCCCAUCGUGUUUUGUGAUGCAUAUUGCCGUGGCCAAAUGUCAACUAAUUGUCACUUUACAAUAACCAAUUCUAACGCCAAAUAAUAACAACAACAUAACAACAAGCCCCCCACCACCCCCAACCGGCUGAGCAUUAACGGCAAACGCUUUUGAAAAUAUUUUCGCAGCUGUUACAAGUUUUUCGGUGGUUUUAACAACGUUCCGUGGAAAAUUCUCAAGCUCAGCUUAAAGUGCAGGCAAAUUUCGUAAGACAACUGGAACCACAGCCAAGGCCAAAAAGCAUUGAUUAAUACGCAGUAGAACAACAAGAGACUCUAAUAAAGCAUGGAUGUGAACGAGUAUCGACGACGGGGUAAAGAGAUGGUGGACUACAUCGCCGACUAUUUGGAGAACAUACGUGAUCGUCGCGUAUUUCCCGAUGUCAAACCCGGUUACAUGCGACCACUGCUGCCCGAGUUUGCGCCGAUUGAAGGUGAAAACUGGGACGCCAUAUUCGCCGAUGUGGAACGCGUCAUUAUGCCUGGCAUAACGCAUUGGCAGAGUCCGCACAUGCAUGCCUACUUUCCAGCGCUGAACUCAUUUCCUUCACUACUCGGCGAUAUGCUGGCCGAUGCGAUCAACUGUUUAGGGUUCACAUGGGCCAGUUCACCCGCCUGCACCGAACUCGAAGUGAUUGUGAUGAAUUGGUUGGGUAAAAUGAUUGGUUUGCCGGAUGAUUUCUUGCAUUUGCACAAUAAGAGUCCCGGCGGCGGUGUAAUACAGACCACCGCGAGUGAAGCUACGCUGGUAUGUCUGUUGGCCGGCCGCACGCGUGCCAUACAACGUUUUCAUGAACAUCAUCCCGGCUUUCAGGAUGCGGAAAUCAAUGCGCGUCUCGUGGCCUACUGCUCCGAUCAGGCACACUCUAGUGUGGAGAAGGCAGCGCUAAUAGGACUUGUGCGUAUGCGUUUCAUCGAGGCCGACGACAGCUUGGCGAUGCGUGGCAAGGCGUUGCGCGAGGCCAUCGAGGAUGACAUCAAGCAAGGACUUGUGCCGUUUUGGGUUUGCGCCACGUUGGGUACCACCGGUUCAUGUUCCUUUGACAAUUUGGAAGAGAUCGGCAUUGUUUGUCGCGACUUCAAUAUCUGGCUCCAUGUCGAUAGCGCCUACGCGGGCAGCGCUUUCAUCUGUCCGGAAUUCCGCACCUGGCUGCGUGGCAUUGAGCGCGCCGAUUCGAUUGCCUUCAAUCCAUCAAAAUGGCUGAUGGUGCAUUUUGACGCAACAGCAUUAUGGAUUAAGGACAGCACCGCCGUACAUCGCACCUUCAAUGUGGAACCACUCUACUUGCAACAUGAAAAUUCUGGCGUCUCCAUUGAUUACAUGCAUUGGCAGAUACCGUUAAGUAGACGCUUUCGCGCUUUGAAAGUUUUCUUCGUACUGCGUUCGUACGGCAUUAAAGGACUGCAAAAGCAUAUACGCGAAGGUGUACGGUUGGCGCAGAAGUUCGAAGCGCUCGUGUUGGCAGAUCAUCGUUUCGAGAUACCAGCUAAGCGGCACUUGGGCAUGGUGGUAUUCCGCAUCAAAGGUGAAAAUGAGAUCACUGAACGGCUCUUGAAGCGCUUGAAUCAUCGCGGCAAUUUGCAUUGUAUACCAUCUUCUUUGAAAGGCAAAUAUGUGAUACGUUUCACGGUGACCUCUACAAAUACAACGGCCGAUGAUAUAGUGAAGGAUUGGAAUGAGAUAAGGCGUGUGGCGUCUAUGAUACUCGAUGAAAUGAACAUUACAAUCUCGAACAGAAAUAAAGUUUAUUUGAAAGAUACCAAAGAUAAAAGCGAAGCUUUCGGCUCAAGUCUCUUGCUCUCAAACUCACCACUCUCACCGAAAAUCGUCAACGGUUCAUUUGCGGCAAUAUUUGAUGCCGAUGAAUUUCUGGCUAAAACCUAUGCUGGCGUACGAAUUGCUCACCAAGAAUCACCAUCAAUGCGGCGACGAGUGCGCGGUAUUUUAAUGUCUGGCAAACAAUUCUCUCUAGACUCUCACAUGGAUGUGGUCGUGCAGAACUCUUUCGACUCGGGUACAAAUAAUUCCAGCGCCGAGGGGAAUGGCACUACAACACCCGGUAAAAAGGGUAAAAAUCCAAACUCGAUAUGCGAAGAUAGUGAAGAGUCCACGGAAGAUUAUCCAACGGUUAAACGAACCGACACGCUGCCCGCCUACUCCACAAUGAAGAUAGCGGCUGAAUAUCUGCGCCGAAAUCCAAUCUCCACUUCAAUGAACUUCGCAACACCACGUUACAAAAGCACCGCCACGCAAACGUCGCAAAAUCACUACCAACCACUGCAUGCCACUUUGAAUGAAGCCUCCGAUGAAACGUCUGAGGAUUUGCUGUCGGAGAAAAGCGUACGGGACACCGCGAAUGUGCAGCUGGUCGCCGCUAGCUGUAAGCUGCUCUUGGCAAACUCACUACCUACGCUGGGCGCCACCUCAUCAACAGCGCCCGCCUCACUGCGUACAACACCAUCACCGCCUUUGCCGGCACCGCAGCAACAGCGCACCGGCAAUAACAAUUUCACACAGCAAAUGCAAGCGAUCAGCAAUGCGGCAAGCGCUUCAACGCGCGCGAUCAUGCGCGCCAACACAAUGCAAGAGGUCUAUCACGGUAAGCGUUACCUCGAUACGGGCUUGGCGGUGGGUCCCACCAACAACUACUUCUCUAACACUAUAAUCAAUGCGAGCACGCCAAGCGGCGGUGCCACACCGACUACACCCAGCGCCGAAACACCGGACGCGGAGUCGCAAUGGAGUGCGCUCUUUCACAGUUUCGACACAGCGCCAGCGCCUACAACACGCGGCGUAAGCUAUUUGUCCGCGCGUCUACUCAAUAUGGAUAGUUUGGCGCGCUCCACUUCAACGCUGCCGAGCAUUGAUGAAAGCGCCUCCGAAUGCAUGUCCAUAUCAUCGGCGUCCACACAUGCGGACACGUUCAGCAUGCCCGCGGAAUCGUUAUCGAAGCGACACAAUGUGACACGCUUCUACAGCGCGCCAAGCGCGCGGCAAUUGACCGCGACAAUGACAAGCACGUUGGCGUCCUUUUCGUUACAUGCAGCGACGCUCUCCGAGGAUGAGACAGACGCGGAUGCGUGGCAGGUGGCGCGUUGUGACAGUUCGGAGGAUUACUCCAUCGCUUCUUCGGAUGCUCAUUCGCGUUCUUCGUCAUUGGAUUUGGUUUGAUUUUGGAUUUUGGCUGCAAAUGAGUUAAUGUGAGAGUUUAACGUGAGUAUUCUGGGCUUGCUUGGGUUUAGUUUAAGUGAAAAAUAUAUAUGAAAUUAGUAAUAUUUAUAGCUGACAUUGUAAUGACGUGGAAUGAAUUGGGAAAAUGAGACAUUAUUGAAUUAUAAAGAAUUUGCAAAUAUCAACAAACAUCUAUUCAAGAAAAAAAUUAUAUAAAAAAGAAAAAUUAUAUAAAUAUAUAUAUAUAUCUACAAAUUACUAGUAAUAUAUUACAUUUUUUGUUUUUGUUUAAUUUUUAAAUGAUUUUAUAUUUUUACAACAAUAUUGGCUAAAAAUUUGAAAAUAAGAAUAAUAAGAAAAUUAAUAAAAAAAAAAGUUAUAUAAAAAAAUUGCAAAAAUAUUCUGAAUUUUUUAUAUUAGUUUUAUUAUAAAAUAUUAAAAAAAAAAAUAAUUUUUAUUUUUAAUUUAAAAUCAAAAAAAAAAAAAAAUAAUUUUUAUUUUUAAUUUAAUUUUUUUUUUAAUUUUAGUAAUAUAUUUAUUUAUUUAUUUUCUUUUAUAUUACAUAUUUUUAUAUUAAAUAUUAUUAAUUUUUUAUAUUUUUUAGUUAUUUCAUUAUAUAUCACUUUCGCUUCUAAUUCAAAUGAAAUAAUGAAAACUAUAAAAUUCAAGAAAAAAAAAUAAUAUUUAUUUCGUAAAAGUAGCGUUCUUCUGCUGUGCUAGCAAUAAAUAGUGCAUAAAAAUCUACAAAAAACGUAGCAAAAAUCCAAAAAAAAAAAAUAAUAUUUAAGCUUAUUUCACAUAUAAAUAUAUAUUUAAAUAUCCACCGAUAUAAAUAAAUUUUAUGAUAUAAACGUAUCUAGUAAACUGUAAGAAACAUAUAGAUGUUGAGGAAAUUUAAAAAAUACCAUAUUUAAUUAUAAAAAAAGUAUAUAGUAUGAUUCUGCUGAGAAAACUGUGCGUUGGUCUUACUACGGAAAGGAGAAAAGCAAGCUUAUUCACUUAUAUGUAUAUGCUAUAAUAUCUAAAAUAUGCUACUAACAUACUCAAUAUGCUAUAUAUUCUAACCAAAAAUAUUUUAAUUCAUUAACCAUAUAUAAUCUAUAUAUAAUCUAUAUAAAAAUAUGUAUAUCUUACUCUAUUGUUGGGAUGUGUCCCCCCAAAAGUUAUUAACAUUUAUAUCACUGACUAUUAAUUUACAAAUUUUCUGGCGACGAACAACUUAGCCAAUGCGAACACUGAGAAUAAGUUAUUUGGACAAAACCUAUUUAGAUUUUAGAAAAAUAUAUAUAUAUUCGUAUUCAUUAAAUAAAUAUUAUAAACAUAAUUAUAUUAAAAUACAUGAGAGUAGUCUGCAUG